AUGUCUGGAACAGCCAUCACCAGCAGCCCUCAGCAGCUCCCCGUCCUGCCCAAGGACCUGGUGUCUAUAGACACACUCGAAUACCUCGGCUUCGACGAGGAAACAGCCGAGUUCAUAUGGGCGGACAGAAUCAAGGAACUGGUCAGAGCCCACGCCACCAAGCCCGACGGCAACUUGAGCACAGCAUUCAUGUCUCAAGUUGUCGAGCACGUGUAUGACUUUGGUCACGUCUCCAACACGUGCGAUGACAACCUUCGGCUAUGGCAUCAAUGCCUGAACCACUGCGGGCUCGACAGGCAGACAAAGGCGGCCAUCUUGGAUCCCGUCUUCAAGAAGAUCCGGCUCACCCAGACCUGCCUCCACUGGGUCCGCAACACGAUCGAGUUGAGGUUCAAGGCUCUCCAGGACCUGCGAGCUGCAGAGGCAGCAGCAUCCGUCCCCCUGAAGAGAGGCCAGGCAGACGAGAGUGCCUCCACAGACGCUGUUCCUUGCCCCAGCCAGCCCGAAGAAACGGCAAUGAGCGAGGCUGUCCUGCGCGCUUCUCAAAGCCCAUCGGACACGACAGUCACCCUGUACAAGGGCGUCGACAGGGCAAGCGUCCGCCAUCUCUUCGACGACAGGAGAGACCUCAGUCGCAUCUCCGCCCUCGCCACGUUCCCACCAGGAAACGCCCGCGGCUCUUCCAGCGCGUAUUACUUGUACGUAGACCGGGACAUUGCCGAGCAGCAGGCCUGCUACAUAAGACGACGUAGCAGCCUGACUCCCGUUGUCCUUGUGCAAGUAAGGAUACAAAAGUCGGCGCUGGAGGCUGCGUAUGAAGGUCCGCAGCGACAGGAGCUGUACUGGCCCAGCGAGGACUGGAAACGGCUCGCCUUCUACUGUCGGGGCAAUCGUCCGGUUCCGCCUGAUUUGGCCAAGUACAUGGAGGCCCGGCUUUCCAUUGUGACGGCUGUAGCAAAGGCGGACCGUGCCUUUACGAGGAACAUGAACCGGCUGGAUCAGAUCACGGAGACCAUGGUGCUGAAGAAUAAGCACGGAAAGGAUGCCAUCCAGUACUGUUUCCGCAGACGUGAUGCCGACUACUUCUUGACGCAGCAUGCCGAGCUGAAGAUGUUGCCUUUUACGGAGGACGAGUUCCAGGCGUGGUGUGUGGACGCUCGGGAGGAGGAGUUGAAGGAUAUACCCGAGUUGCCGUGCCGAGUGGUUUCUGGCGGAUUCAAUGUUGACGCAGCUAUGGAGAAUGCUGAUGAGCAUGAUGGGCUGGUUGUCUAG